CGCUAAACUCCGCCCUUCGUUGCCGAUUCUAACAACAGCAGCAGAAGGGAACAGCUGGCACGACUCUGUCAGCUAAAAUGUCGCUCGUGGUUUUCUUCUGUUUCCUGAUCCUCUCUCUGGUCUCUGCAUCUGAAGAUCAGCGAGAGAUAAAAGUGAAUCCUGGACAGGACGUCUCUCUUCUGUGUCAGGGUCCCAGAAAUGCCUCUGUCAAACUUUCAGAGUGGACCAGACCUGACCUGAAGUCAGACGGUUACGUUUUCUUUUACCGAAACGAGCGGCCGUAUGAAAACUUCCAGCAUGAAUCUUUUCAUGGUCGAGUGGAGCUGAGAGAUCCAGAGCUGAAGGACGGAGACGCUUCUGUUGUCCUGAAGAACGUCACCUUCAACGACACUGGAACAUACGAGUGUCGGAUUGUAACUAACGCACGACAAGAGAUCAAGCACCUGAUCGACCUGAAGGUUACAGACUCAGAUCACACAGCUGGAAACAAGGAUGGAGGAAACAAAGAGGGAGGAAACAAGGAGGGAUUUCCUAGCAUCGUAGUUGGACUGUCAGUUAUUGGUGUGCUGCUUUUUGUUGUUGUUGUUUAUAUUUGUAGAAGAAAUAGAGUUCAUCAGAGCAUGAUUCAUACACACCUUAUAAUAACAGGUGACCCAGUGAGCUGAACAGCUAGUAAUUAUUGCAAAAUUCAGGGUUUUCGCUGAGGUCUUGAAAAGUCUAAAAUUUCAAAAUCAAAAUUUUAGGCCUUAAAAACUCUUAAAUUCGCUGAGGUUUGUGUUUUUAAAUAAUUUUAAACAGGUCUUAAUUUUCCUACAUCCACGUAACGCUACCUCUAAUGCGUGGUAGUAGUGACGCAUGCGUAGCAGAAGUAUAAACGGUUGGGAAAAACACUUUUUAAACCUUAUUUUGGGGCAAAGUCGUCAAACUUUUUCAGCAAUUUUUAUGAGAUUUUGCUGCUGAUUCCAUUCAUGUAGUUUUUAUGUCCCGGAGACCAUUAAAAGUGCAGUUCUGACUCAUUGUCGCCUGUGGCGAGUUCAGCACCUACAAAACAUGGCAAAAUGUUUUCAAUGGAAAAGGUGGUUCCCUGAACACCCUAUUGUGUAAACAAGCGCACUGCAUUUUCCUGCCUUUUUAAUGCCGUUGUGUUUACAAACUUGUUGCAGCUGAUUGGGUAACACCUGUGACACGGCCACCAAAAAGAGCUACAAUAUAGGACUGGAAAAGCACUAAAAUAGAUCUCCUUUAAGUUGUCAGGUCACUGCUCUGUCCUUUACACAUACUGUACAUCUUGAUAGUGAAAUUUAAAGGAAAAACAGUGGUGACGGUGAGGUUAGUAAAGCAAAUUAGGCUAACAAGGAGAUUAUUCUUUUGGAUUUUAAUGAACAAAUGAAGGCAAACAUGAACAAUCCUAUCUGUAAUGAUUCAUUAACCAGAUUUCCCCUAAGGCUGCGGCUCAAAAUGAGCACCAAGCUGUUUUGAGCAUCAGCACCUAAACUAUGAAUGAAAAAUCAAUGUGAAGAGCAUCAAAGCUAACCAAAUAACUUUUCCCAGAUGCAAUAUUAAUUCCUCCCCAGUAGACUUAUUUUGCAAGUUUAGCUUUUGGGGUGGAGUUAAUUCAAAAUUUGCUCUAGUUUUUCCAACUUAUUAUUCGCAGAUGUGGUAAUAAUAAUGGACUAAAAUGAAUUGCAUAUUUCUUUAUUGGAAAAAAGGAAAAUGUGUUUUCUUACAUACAUGUUGUAUUGGUGUUAUAUAUCCAGAGAUGAAGCACAGCCCACUUUGCAAGCGCAGAAAAAUUAGUUUGCUGCGACAAAUCCAUCAUUAAGGGAAACAACAAAAUGACUAUUCAGUAAUUUAAGUAAUCGCAAUGUUGCAGCCAUCACAUCGUUGGAGCUGAAACUAGACACGAUAACACUGAGGAACAGGUGGAAAUACCUUUAUUUUCUUAGAAUAUCAUGAGAGGACGGGACUGUCCCAGAGCAGCACAGCAGCUCCAGACAGCGACACUCACAGCUCUCCUGCUGCUACAGCUGACAUCACAACAACAGCAGGUCAUCAGCUAAGCUGUAUGUUCGCACAGCCCUAUUGUCACUGCUGUUUACAUUCUCCCCAGAGCAAAUCAAAAAAUGCACUGCAGAAUGUUCUGGGCGAAUGUCUAGACUUGAAAUUGUAGGCCUAUGUUUUGUUGGGUUUUGUUUACUUUGUAGGCCUAUAUUACCAUAUUUAGAUACACAUAUAAUUGCUUGAAGACGGUCCUUUUAUUAUUACCUGGAAUGUUAUUUAUGUUUGUUAGUUUUGUUCUAGUUUAAGGUUUUACCGUUUGCCUGAGCAGUCCCUGCCUCUAUGAGAAAAAGCAAAUUGAUAUUUACAUAUACAGUAUAUAUUAUAUACUGUGUAUUACAGAUAAUCAAUGCUUUAAGGGACACAAUUAGAAAUUAAGAACGACACAUGCCAAGGUAGUAUUAUUUACUUUUUAUCUUUCAUUGUUUUUUCUUGCACUGCCCAGAUGUAAGCAUACUACCUCAAAGGCUUAAUGGAUGUCACAAGAAGACAUUCACAGUGUUAACACUGAUUUAAAAAAAAGAACAAUUAUGUUUUUGUUCUUUCAACAGGCCUGCCGGACCUCGUAAAAUGUCAAUGUUCUGCAGCCAAAGCUUGUACAUUUAGUGCCAAUUGAAAUAAUGUAUAAUCUAUAUGUUGAAUAAAAUUUGACAUUGCAUUUAUAAA